GCCACUCCAGUUCACAACUCUCCUUCCCGGGCUCCCCCUCCCCUCCAGAUCCAGGCAUGGCACACAUGGGGGUGGGACGCAGCAGGCAGCUGGGCCCCCCCGGCCCAUAGACGCGCGGCUGUUUUGCUGGGAGGGAGCAAAGUAUGCGGACUUGCUGCGGGUGGGUCGCCUAAAGGGUCGCUGAGUUUGGCGUGACUGUUUUCCUCAAAAUAACUUUUAUCGUUUCCGGGGAUUUCUCUCGUAAAGGGGGGGGGGGGCUGCCGAGAUGGACGGCCUCCUCUUCGAAGACCCCUCCCUGGAGGGCCUGGACCCUUCGCUGACUCUCCGUGAAUCCAGCGAAAUUGACACGGCUCUCCUGAGUGACAUUGACGACAUGCUCCAAUUGAUCAACACGGAAGAAAGUGAUUUCCCCGGCCUGUUCGAUGUGCCGUUCAGCGGAAAUGCAGCUCCGGAACCCAACCUGCAUGGGUCCAGUUUCUUUGGCGGCUAUCUGGGGACCAGCAACCCAGCUCCUUCCGGCCUCUUCCAGCUUCCGUCUCCAUCCCAAACGAGCUUUCAGUCUCUGCCGGCAGGCAAUUCCAACAUGAAUGUGACUCCCAUGGAUGUCAAGGAAGAGGCCACAGCCACAGCCACGGCCGCAACCGUCACUCAGCCGCAAACCCAGAUGCCGGCAGCCAGAAACCUGGCUCAGAGUUUUAUCCCGGCACCGCAACCCCAGUUCUCGGCCCCACCGUUGAUGGGUUUCCAAAACCAGAGUGCUCUUCCUGCUGUCCAGCCAGGAGGACCUCCUCCGCCCAUGUCGACCCCCCCAGUCACUUCCCAGCAGCCCCUGCCAGCUACAUUGCAGGCUCCGGUCCAGAGCAUCAUUCCUCAGCCAUUUCUGGCGCCUAGCACCCCACAGGUUAUUCCAUCUCAGAUCCAACAAUUGCCGGUCCUUCUACAGCCCCAUUUCAUCAAAGCUGACUCUCUGCUUCUGACUGCGGUCAAGGCAGAUGUCUCCGGGGUCAAGACUUCGGGCAUCACAACUCUGGCCACCACAACAGCUGUGCAGUCUGCACCGCUGCAGAUGCCGACGUUGGUGAGUGGGGGUACCAUUCUGGCCACCAUGCCAUUAAUGGUGGACACAGACAAGCUACCCAUUAACCGCCUGACCGCCGGGAAACCUCUGCUGAGCCACAACAAAGGCGAGAAACGCACGGCGCACAACGCCAUCGAGAAACGCUACCGCUCGUCCAUCAACGAUAAGAUCAUAGAGCUGAAGGACCUGGUGAUGGGCACAGAUGCCAAGCUGAACAAGUCGGCCAUUUUGCGGAAGGCCAUCGACCACAUCCGCUUCCUGAAGCAGGCCAACCAGAAGCUGAAAGCAGAGAACAUGGCUCUCAAAAUGGCUGCUCAGAAGAACCAGUCCCUGAAGGACCUGGUAGCCAUGUCUGGCCAGAACCCCGAAGACACCGCAGAAGGGGUGAAGUUGAUGGGUGCCCUAACACCGCCACCGUCAGAUGCUGGCUCUCCGUCGCACAGUAGCCCCCUUUCGCUCAGUGGGGCAAGUGGAAGUGACUCGGAGUCCGACAGCCCAUUCUGCGAAGAGACCAAGGUGAAGUUAGAGGCCCAGACUCUCUCCCCCGGCAGCCUGGGGAUGCUGGACCGGUCCCGCAUGGCCCUGUGCGCCUUCGUCUUCCUCUGCCUCUCAUUCAACCCUCUGUCUUCCAUCUUGGGUGGACUAAGCUCCGCCGGCCCCUCGGAGAUCACAAGCCCCACCAGCACUGGGAGAACCAUGAAGGCCGAGAGUGCGCCUAGAGACGCUCCUGUUGCGUGGUCCCAAUGGCUUCUCCCCACCUUGAUCUUCUGGCUGAUCAACACAGUUGUGGUUCUUGGGGCUUUCGUCCGGCUCUUCAUUUACGGUGAGCCCGUCACGAGACCGCAUUCUGAAUCCUCGGUCCUAUUCUGGAGGCACCGCAAGCAGGCUGACCUGGAUCUGGCACGGGGGGAUUUUGCACAGGCCUCGCAGAACCUCUGGACGGCACUCAAGGCCUUGGGGCGCCCGCUCCCUACCUCUAACCUAGACCUGACCUGCAGUCUGUUAUGGAACCUGAUCCGGCACGUUCUUCAGCGGCUCUGGGUGGGGCGUUGGCUGGCGGGGCGAGCUGGAGGUUUCUUCCGCGACCGUGAGCUCAAGGCCGACGUGCGCAAGAGCGCCUGUGACGCGGCACUGGUUUAUCACCGCUUGCAUCAGCUGCACAUGACAGGGAAACACGUGGCUGGUCACCUGUCAGCGAUCAACAUGGCCCUCAGCGCAGUGAAUCUGGCCGAAUGCGCAGGGGGUACCAUGUCCGUGGCGACGCUGGCCGAGGUCUACGUAGCGGCGGCGCUCCGGGUGAAGACCAGUCUCCAUCGCUGCUUCCACUUUUUGGCGCGUUUCUUUCUCAGCAGCGCCCGGCAGGUGUUGCUGUCCCACAGUGGCACUGUGCCCCCGGCCCUCCAGUGGCUGUGUCACCCGGUGGGUCACCGUUUCUUCGUGGACGGUGACUGGGCUGUGAAGAGCUCCCCCCCGGAGAGUAUCUACAGCUCCACCAGCAACCCCGUCGACCCGCUAGCUCAGGUGACCCAGCUUUUCCGGGAGCACCUGCUGGAAAAAGCGCUCUCUUGUGUGUCCAGGUUGGAGGGUCAGCCACCGGUCAGUCUUGGCGAGGGGGAAUUUUCCGAUGCCCUCGAGUAUCUGAAUUUCCUCAACAGCUGUGUGGACGCCGUGCCCGGGCCAACUCCCUCCAUUGGUGCCAAUAUGGAUGCCACCACAGGCACCGACCCCGUGGCUACCUGGUGGGCCUCUGUGGUCACCAUGGUGAUCCAUGGGUUGCAGGGGGACGAUGAAGCAGUGGACCGCCUGUACCCCCUCGUGGAAUCCAUGCCCAGAGCCCUUCAAGCAUCUGAGAACCCGCUUCCGCGAGCUGCUCUGCACACCUUCAAAGCGGCUCGGUCUUUGCAGGGCAAACUGGACUGCAGUCUGGGCCAGUGCGACCGGGCCAGUGACUUCUUGCGAGACAGCUUAGGGGGGAACACAGCCACGAGCACCAUUGACCGAGCCAUGCAGUUUCUCCUGUGUGACUUCCUCCUCAUUAUCCGCACGAGGCUUUGGCAGCAACAGAUGCAGGCAACUCAGCCCCAUGGGACCCCUUACCAAGCUUCGACCCUCGAACUGCGGGGCUUCCAAGGGGACCUCAGUUGCCUCCGGCGCCUGGCCCAGGCCGACCGGCCUGCUAUGCAUAGGGUUUUUCUGCAUGAAGCCACGGCUCGGCUGAUGGCCCGAGCCAGCCCCACACGGACCCACCAGCUGCUGGACCGGAGCUUGCGUCGGAGGGGAGCCUCUAGCAGCAAAGGAGCCAGCCAACAGGAGAACCACCCAACAGCUCGGGAGCAGGCCGAAGCCCUCCUGCUGGCGUGUUCCUACCUGCCACCAGUAUUCCUCUUGGGGCCAGGUCAGCGAAUGGGCAUGUUGGCCGAGGCUGCCCGUUCCCUGGAGAAGCUGGGUGACAAACGGACACUCCACGAGUGCCAGCAGAUGCUCAUGAAGCUCGGCAGUGGCUCCACAGUCACCUCCAGCUAGAGAGGAGGGGCGGAGGACUGGGUGAGGGGCCGCCCCACGGGGUGCUGCCGGGGCGUAAUCCUCGCAAGCAUGCCUUGCGUCCGUCUCUUGUGGAUAGUUGGCGGGGGAGACUAAGAAUUCUGAAGACCUGGACCUGCCAGUUCAGAGCUUUCCUCUAGGUAAUAAGUUUCCAGCGCACUUAAGACGCUGCCCGUGUAGUUUCUGCAGCCUGUCCUUCCCGGCUGCCAUUUUGUUCUGAGCAGAUGGAGGCACGAGAAAGCUGUGCUGUUUGCCGGGGGUGGUGGCAGAAUCGUAUAAAAGCCAGCGUGGGGGGGGGAGGGUGCCCACAAAUUUUGAGAGACCUGCUCAGAAAGCGGAGGGUCCCUUCACACCCCCCCCCCGAGGACAGCCUGCACCCUUUCUUACAACACACACUCCCUCAUGCAUGCUUUGUGUCAACUCUGUCCGCCCUUGGUGGCAUGCCAGACUCGAUGGCUUUUUGCAAUAGUCUUGCUUCUCAUCUGGCCACUGUGGCUCCUCCGAUUGUCCUACAGGAAUUCAUCCCCCCCCCCUCACCCCAUUUCCCAUCUCCCUGCAGCUGUCCAGCUUCAGGAAGGCAGCGGGGACCCCUAGGGGCAGCACUUAAGUAUUGCAGGAUGUUCACCUUGUUGACCAGAGCAUGUGACUAUCACAUCCCCCAAGGUGGAUGCUGGUCUUCAUCCCGGACCAGGUGACCAAUUGUUGUUUCCUCCGCCUCGGCGCAAGGCACAGACGGGCGCUCCCUCGCUUGGUGGCACGGCUGUUGUUGCCCAGUUGUGUUUAUGGAGGGUGGAAUUCUCAGUGAUGGGACUCUGCUCCUUUUAAAAGCGUUCGGUUCUGAGACAGGGAGGACACCGUGGCUUUUUCCAGUCUCCAGGAUGUGGUUUUCUCAUGUAGGUUGUUUCCCUUCCAAGCCGAACAAGGAAACGUUACGGCGUCACGUCCCCACGGGGCUGUGCGGUCCCCGAGUAGAAUCCCGAGCGGGUUAGCCGUGUUAGACCCUUGCAGCGAAAAGAGGCAAGAAUCCAAAGUCGCCUUCAAAGACUAACGAAUUUUUAUCUUGGCAUAAGCUUUUGGGGGCUAAAGAUUUCUUCAGUAGAAUAGAUGAUUCUAAGGGAGCAGUAUACCCCUGGUUA